CGCCGCCAAUGUGAGAGAAAGAGAGAGCAGAAGCAGAAGAAGAAACAGGCGGGAACUUGUUUUUCGGUUUUCUUCCUUCACCUUCUUCUUUUCUUCCCCUUUCUCUCUCCUCCCAUGGCCGCCGCCGAAGGGAUCCCAACCACCUACCCUUCACAUCCGCCGGAGAUCGUCGGCGUCGCAACUUCGGCCGAUGAAGUUCCCGUGCUCCGCUCACCUCCGCCGUCUGAUGACGAGGACCUCCGUUCUCAACCCGUCGUUUCUUCCGUUGAAGACCUCCGCGCUAAGAUCAUCAAGCAGGUUGAGUAUUACUUCAGUGAUGAAAAUUUGCCCAAUGACAAGUUUUUGUUGAAACAAAUGAAGAAAGACAAAGACAGGUUUGUAUCUAUUUCGUUAAUUGGUUCUUUUAGAAAGAUGAAAAGGCUUACAAAAGACAUUUCAACAAUCGUAGAUGCACUGAAGGAGUCUUCACAGCUUGUUUUGAGUUCAGAUGGGAAGAAAGUAAAGCGACGACAUCCUCUUCCAUCAAACGAGGAUUCCAAGCUUUGUACAGUUGUUGUAGCAAAUUUACCUGAAGACCACUCAGUGCAGAAUAUCCAGAAUAUUUGUGGUCGAGCUGGCAGUAUAAAGACUAUAUCCAUACACGAUCCACAUGCUGCUGCGGAUUCAGUGAAGAGAAACAAGGCCGAGAAACUGGUUAAUGGCAAGAUUUAUGCACUUGUUGAGUAUGAAACAGUGGAGGCUGCUGAGAAAGCUGUGGCUGCUUUGAAUGAUGAAACGGAUUGGCGAAAUGGCUUACGGGUCCAACAUCUUCAAAAGCGGAAGGGUAAUGGUCUUGGACGAAAGGUCUGGAGAGAAUCCGAUUCUGAGAAGGGUGGCCUUGCUCAAGUGCAUGUUUCAACAAAAGAUGGUAAAAUUCAUUCAAAUGUGCAGCAUGAUGACCUUGAUGAUGAGGAUGGAGAGCACAGAUCCAAAGAAGGAAAUGGACAGAAAGGUCGAAACCGAUCUAAGGGGCGAAAAUACCGUGGCAACAAUGGCAUGGGACAUGGGAUGGCUACUACUAUUGAGUCCUCUAAUAAGCCACCUCCAGGUCCGCGAAUGCCUGAUGGAACAAGAGGAUUUACUAUGGGACGUGGACGUCUUCCUACGUCUUGCCACAGUUGAUGGAGUUGUCCAACCGAUGAUGGCAGCGAUCUGAAAAUGACAUGUCUGUAUUAUACCAGCUAAACACUAAUAUACAUUUCCUACCUUUUGGGGAUGUAACAUUGAUGACCUAGCUUAAAUUUCGUGUGGCAUUGUGUGUGUUUGGGAAAUAGGAGUUGGGAAUUUGUUUAUCUUUGAACAGAUAUGUUGUAAUCUAAGAUUGGCCGGCCCAUAAGAAAGUCUUGCAUGAAGCUUCUAUCAACUUUAAUUCUUGU